AUCUAAAUAUGUCAAUAUCAAUCCAGCCUUGUUUGUGUUUUAUAGACAAAUUCCAAGGGGGCACUUAUCGGUGAUUAUAUACACCUCUCCCUUUCUCUAUUGCUCUUCAGCUUCCUUUCAUAUGGUAUAAUUGGCCAGGUUAUAUAUUUGAACACAUUUGCACAAGUUGUGUUUGAAGUAGGAGCUGAAAGACAUUCCCAAAAUUUGUAACCAUGGCUGAUACCUUGACUUCUAAAAUGGGUCAUGAAAAGUCUGAUAUUGACAACUCUGAGGAUGAGAGGAAAACAAGGCUUGGGUCACUUAAGAAAAAGGCAAUCAAUGCCUCAAGCAAGUUCAGACAUUCCAUUAAAAAGAAAUCCAGGAGACAUAGCAGAGUUAUGUCCAUCGUUAGCAUAGAAGAUAACCUCGAUGCCGAAGAGUUACAAGCCGUCGAUGCAUUCCGCCAAGCACUCGUCUUAGACGAACUAUUACCCGCCAAACAUGAUGAUCAUCAUAUGAUGCUAAGGUUUCUAAGGGCAAGGAAAUUCGAAAUCGAGAAAGCAAAGCAAAUGUGGGCUGAUAUGCUUCAAUGGAGGAAAGAAUGCGGAGCAGACAUGAUCAUGGAGGAAUUUGAGUUCAAGGAAUAUGAUGAGGUGGUUAAGUGCUAUCCACAAGGAUAUCAUGGAGUCGAUAAAGACGGACGACCUGUUUAUAUUGAAAGACUUGGUCAAGUCGAUGCUAAUAAGCUGACUCAAGUAACAACAAUCGACCGUUAUUUAAAGUACCACGUAAAAGAGUUCGAGAAGACCUUUGCUAUUAAAUUCCCUGCUGCAUCAAUUGUAGCCAAAAAACACAUUGAUCAAAGCACAACCAUAUUGGAUGUUGAAGGAGUGGGGCUUAAAAGCUUCAACAAGGCUGCACGGGAUCUCCUUCAACGACUUCAAAAGAUAGACGGUGACAAUUAUCCCGAGACACUGAACCGGAUGUUUAUCAUCAAUGCCGGCUCGGGAUUUAGGCUCUUAUGGGGCACGGUUAAAUCUUUCCUCGACCCGAAGACCACUGCAAAAAUCCAUGUUUUGGGUAACAAAUACCAGAGCAAAUUGCUUGAAGUAAUUGAUGCUAACGAACUACCAGAGUUUUUGGGCGGUAACUGUACUUGUUCCGAUAAAGGUGGUUGCAUGCUGUCUGAUAAGGGUCCAUGGAACGAUCCCGAAAUAUUAAAGAGGGUUCAAAAUGGUGAGGCCAAGUGCAUGAGGAGGAACACGUCUGGGGUCGACGACAAAGCAUGCCUAGAGAUGAGUCGCUCAUUCAACGUGGAAACAGCUACAGGCACCGGUGAAAGGAUUGCCAAAAACACACCUUUAUCACCUGUUGCCGAAUCUCCGAUUAAGAACGAGUCCCGGGAUACCUUUACCUAUGACAAAGUUAUUCCGAUGGUUGACAAGGGUAUUGAUGCUUCCUGGCCUAAAUUGAUGGCAGAUGAAAGUUUUGCCAUAUUGAAAGAUAGUUACCAUAUGAAGGAUGAUGGGAAGGUUGUUACUACAGGAAUGAGCAACAAUGUUUUCGGAGGAAUCAUGGCAUUUGUUAUGGGAAUCAUGACUAUGCUUCGCUUGUCCCGCAACAUGCCAAGGAAAUUAGACGAACCAACUAUGUACAGUGGUGGUCAAGUUUACUAUGCUAACCCGAUGAUCUCAGGUAAUGCCCCUCCGUUAGCACCACCAAUCACUUACGCCGAUUACUAUUCCAUGAUGGAACGUAUGGCUGACUUGGAAUCCAAGGUGAGUGUUCUUAUGGGGCAGCCGGCAACUAUGCCGCCCGAGAAAGAGGAGUUGUUGAAUGCUGCUUUAAGCAGGGUUUGUACCCUUGAAGAAGAGAUAUCUGCAGCUAAGAAGGCACUUGAGGAAGCUCGUGAUAAACAACAGGAACUUCAGACCUACAUUGACAAGAAAAACAAAAAGAAAAAGAGAUUUAACCCAUUCCGCUGGUAAAAAGGGUAACCGAUCCGAAGAUGUCGGUGGCGUGGUUAUAUAUUCAGCCCCACAGAUGAAUAUAUAUUCCUUAAUAUUAGUAAAUUAUUCAGUUUCCAAGACUACAAAACCUUGGGAGUUUGGCAUUUUGAUUAAAUUGUUGAGUACAUGUAUAUGUAUAUGUAUAUGUUUUUUCAACAGUUAUUUUGCCUCAAAAUUUAGAGAAAAUUGUUGUCUUGGUCAGAGUCCUAGUUGUAAUGUGCAAAAGUUUUAUAUACAUAUAUGUAUAUGCAUAUAUGUAUAUUCUAUAUUUGUGGUAAUAAGAGUGAAAAAAAGAACAGGAAGUAUUUAUAACGUAACACCAGCAAUGUUUACCAUGAAAUCUGUAAAUAUAAGUUUCUUCACUUUAGGUAAGUACAAAUUCAUCAAUUCGGGUUUUAAAAAUUUUCAAUUUA